AUGGGCGCCUAUCUCUAUGGGCGCCUAUCUCUAUGGGCGCCUAUCUCUAUGGGCGCCUAUCUCUAUGGGCGCCUAUCUCUAUGGGCGCCUAUCUCUAUUGGCGCCUAUCUCUAUGGGCGCCUAUCUCUAUGGGCGCCUAUCUCUAGGGGUGCCUAUCUCUGGGCACCUAUCUCUAUGGGCGCCUAUCUCUAUGGGCGCCUAUCUCUAGGGGCGGCUAUCUCUAUGGGCGUCUAUCUCAAGGGGCGCCUAUCUCUAGGGGUGCCUAUCUCCAUGGGCACCUAUCUCUAUGGGCGCCUCUCUUUAGGGGCGCCAAUCUCUAGAGGCGCCUAUCUCUAUGGUCGCCCAUCUCUAGGGGCGCCUACCUCUAGGGGCACCUAUCUCUAG